CACAGGAUGGCGGAGGAGAGCGGCGUCUGCAGCUUUGUGUUCAAGAAGCGGGUCCGGGCCGCGGGCAGCGGCCGGCGAAAACGGCCCGGCAGCGACCAGGAGCGGGAGAGCAGCGGGGAGGAGGGCAGCACCGUGGUGCGCAAGGAGCGGCGGCGGGACACCCCCAACCCCAUGAUCCAGAAGACCAGGCGCUGCACGAGGGAGAGGCCGGACUACGCGCCGAGCAGCAGCGAGGAUGAGGAUCCUGCCAAGGAGAUCGGGGUGACCUACAAAUCCACCAGGUCGGCGAAACCUGUUGGCCCAGAAGACAUGGGAGCCACAGCAGUGUAUGAACUGGACACGGAGAAGGAGAAGGAUGCUCAGGCCAUCUUUGAGCGCAGCCAGAAAAUUCAGGAGGAGCUGAGAGGAAAGGAGGAUGAUAAAAUUUACCGUGGCAUUAACAACUACCAGAAGUAUGUGAAGCCCAAGGACACAUCGAUGGGAAAUGCCUCCUCAGGAAUGGUGAGGAAAGGCCCCAUCCGUGCUCCGGAGCACCUGCGGGCCACGGUGCGCUGGGACUACCAGCCCGACAUCUGCAAGGACUACAAAGAGACCGGCUUCUGCGGCUUCGGGGACAGCUGCAAGUUCCUGCACGACCGCUCGGACUACAAGCACGGCUGGCAGAUCGAACGGGAGCUGGACGAGGGCCGCUACGGCGUCAACGAUGACGAGAACUACGAGGUGAGCAGUGAUGAGGAGGACAUGCCCUUCAAAUGCUUCAUCUGCAGAGGUUCCUUCAAGAACCCCGUGGUCACCAAGUGUCGGCACUACUUCUGUGAGAGCUGUGCUCUGCAGCACUACCGCAAAUCCCAGCGCUGCUACGUCUGCGACAAGCAAACCAACGGGGUCUUCAACCCUGCCAAAGAGCUCAUGGCAAAACUGGAAAAACACAAAGGGGAGGAAGAAGAGGAGCAACAGUCAGACCAAGAAGGGGAUCCACAGUAGCAGAAUACAUUUUGUACAUAACUUAAUAAAGCCCUGUUUGUAAGACUUCCUAA